AUGGUAUUACUUACUCCACAGAUGGUUGUAUUUUUUCAGGAAGACAAAAUACCUGUAAUUUUGGAAGUUAAAAAUGAUAAUGAAGGUAAUGCAUUUAAACAAGUUUGUGAUAUUAUUGGAAAUGGAUUGAAAGAAAAUUAUGUACGGAUAACACGUUUACCAUAUCUUCUGUUAUGUCUGACUGCAUCACAUCUUGGAAUUGCUGAUGCUUUUUAUAAUGGAGACUAUUUAAUUGAAGGUCUCAUUAGACUUUUUGAAUCUACUGAACCAAAGAGAACAAAUAAUUGGAAGGAUGUUGCUUGCUUUUAA